AUGGAGCUCUGCAUUUCGGCUCCUCCAACGUUAUCCUAUGUGAAGUCUUGUGUUGUUUCUCCACCAAUCUCUUCAAUUUCUCUCUGCAACUUCUUGAGACCCACCAAACAAUUCACUUCUCUUAGAAUAUCUCGUUCUUCUCCUCACUUCCUCCAUUUCCCGAGAAAGAUAUCAAUCUGCGCGAGGGCUGUCGCGCCACCGGCCGUUACCGACACCGUCAAAGACCCUCUGCCCGCUGAUCUCAUCGUUCAAGAAAUCCAGGAACCGAAUUGCAGGAUUCUGUUGAAAGUAGAAGUUCCACCUAUCGUAUGUGAUGAUUGUUACAAAAGGGUGAUAAAUGAGUUUAUGAAGAAGGCCAAGGUUCCUGGAUUUCGCCCUGGAAAGAAAGUUCCAGAAAGCAUUCUCAUAAGUUAUAUUGGAAAAGAUGGUGUCAGAAAAGCAACCGUUGAAUCUAUUCUCAAAAGAACUCUUCCACAUGCCAUGUCAUCAGUAGAUGGACGAGCUUUGAAGGACUCAAUCCGCAUUACAUCCACAUUUCCUGAAAUGGAAAAGACGUAUUCUUCUUUAAACAUCCUAAAAUACGAUAUUAUUGUGGAUAUAGCACCUGAAGUGAAAUGGGUUCCAGAAAAUGGUUACAAGAAUUUGAAGAUAGUGGUUGAGCUUGACAAUGAAAUAGAUGCUAAAACAGCUUGUGAAAGAGAAUUAAAAAGGCGUUACAAAUCUUUAAGUACAAUGAGAAUAGUCACAAAUAGAGGACUACAGAUUGGUGAUGUUGCUGUUUUGGAUAUAUCUGCAACAACAGUGGAACAAGAAGGAUCAGAAGUGAAAAAUGUUCCAGCUGCAGAGAGUAAAGGUUUCCAAUUUGAUACAGAAGAUGGAGAUAGAGUUAUUCCAGGUUUUCUUGAUGCAAUAAUUGGAGUUCAAGGAGGUGAAACAAAAUCUUUCCCACUUACAUUUCCAGAUUCAUGGAAACAAGAAGAUCUACGUGGCCUUCCUUGUCAAUUUACAGUUGAAUGUAAAGAACUCUUCUAUAGAGAAUUACCAGAGAUGAAUGACUCCAUUGCUGAUAAGCUUCUUCCUGGAAGCACUACUAUCGAUCAGGUUAGGGAGUCAUUGUUGGAGAGGUGUGUGGAACUUGAGCAAACAGCUAAAGAUCAAGCAACAGAUAAUGCUAUACUUGAUCAGCUUCGAAAGAUGAUUCAAGUUGAAAUCCCACAAUCUUUGUUUGAAGAGCAAGGAAGACAGCUUUAUGGAGCUAGACUAUUACAAAUACAGGCAAACAUGAAAUUAAAUGAAGAACAGUUGGCAAUGCUUUCAAGCCCAAAAGCUGUGAGAGAGUAUUUGGAAAAUCAAAGGGAGAAUAUAGAAAAUGUAAUCAAGCAGAAUCUUGCUGUUGGAGACAUUUUUAAACGCGAAAAUCUAGAGUUUUCAACGGAUGAGCUUGUGAAAGAGGUUGAGAACUCUGUUGCUGAGUUCAAAAAACACGCGCAAGAGUAUGAUGAAGAGAGCAUUCAAGAGCAGGUGCAAGAGGUGCUAGAGGGAGCAAAAGUGCUUGAAUGGUUGAGAGAAAAUGCAGAUAUUCAAUAUAUAAUCAAAUGAUAAACAUAGACACAUUUUUGUUGAGUUUAAGCUUAGUUUAAGUUGAAUUGAUUGUUGCCUAGCCAAUUAAAAAAAAAAAAAGUAAUUACAAGAAAAUCAUGUACUUUGACCACUUUUUAAAAAAAAAUUGUUUUUUUGCUUUAAAACCGUGUAUACUUGUAUAC